CUCAAGCGCGUGUCUUCACGCUCCUUUCCUUCUCUCCUCUCCUAAUGCUCACGCAAUCUUCUUCCAUACGAUGAAUGUACGAACCAAACUGAAAGAGAAAGUGGCGUGGAAAUGACAAACUAUUCGCCUUUCUCUCUCUCUCCGCUGUUAGAUUUACAUACAGUUCUUCACCCUCUGCGUUUUUCGGUGCAGUUUGAUCUCUCCCUUCUGACUUCUCUUGGAUCUAGAUUUCCUUGAACUUUGAAGCUGAUUGAAACUCGAAUGGCAAAAGGGAGAAGGGGACGUCGCAGGAUGGCUUCCCGACAAUUCAGAUCAAACCCAUAUCCACUCCCUUAUAAGCGGGAUUUCACAGAGGAUUUGUGCCCAAAGAAUUGUGUCAGCGCUCUGGAUAAGAAGUAUUGGGAAGAUGCAACAUGCUCUGUAUGCAUGGAAUACCCUCACAAUGCUGUUCUUUUACUCUGUUCAUCUCAUGAUAAGGGUUGUCGUCCCUAUAUGUGUGGCACAAGCCUUCGUUAUUCCAACUGCCUUGACCAGUACAAAAAGGCUUACACCAAAGUUAUUUCGUCCAACAGUGCACAACCAGUACACGCCUCAAUUGAUUAUUCAGCUGUUGUAGAGGAUGCAAGUUUUCUUGGUGAAAAUCAUGAAGUGACUGAGCUUGCAUGCCCCCUCUGUCGCGGACAGGUGAAAGGAUGGACCGUGGUUGAGCCUGCCAGAGAAUAUCUGAAUGCAAAAAAGAGGACCUGCAUGCAGGACAGCUGCACGUUUUUAGGAAACUACAAGGAACUGAGGAAGCAUGUGAGACAGGAGCACCCAUCCACAAGGCCACGGGAGGUAGAUCCCGUGCUUGAACAAAAAUGGAGAAGACUGGAACGGGAAUGUGAAAGGAACGACGUGAUGAGCACAAUCAGGUCGACAAUGCCCAGAGCUGUGGUCUUUGGGGAUUAUGUGAUAGAAGGAAAUAGCUUUGGGUUUGAUUCUGAGGAAGAGGAAGCAGGGUUGAAUGCGAAUUCGAAUGCGAAUGCGGCUGAGAGGGAUGGGGGCUUUGAAGUGGGCUUUGAUAGUAAUCUGGUGAAUGUGUUUCUUCUGCUACAUGCCUUUGGUCCGUCAAGUAGCGACCUCAAUAGACGGCUAAGGCAGCAGCAGCAGCAGCCAGAGAGGAGUUUCCCUCCCGGACCAAAUGAAGGCGCUACAGGUAUUAUUCCCAACACCACUCCUCUCAAUAGUUUUGAUUCCAUUAAUCUAGACAGUGACAAUGGCGGAAGUGGUGGCAAUGACAACGGGGGCAGCAUGUCAUUGGUUAGCCGCCUCCGCCGCCACGGAAGGGUGCUGUUGGGACGGUCAGGUAGGAGACGUAGGCAUAGAGAGAGUAGUAGUAGAUGAAUGAAUGAUGAAAAUGGGCAGAGAGAAAGGAGGGGAGUAGGAAUAGGAAACAUCUCUCAGGUACAUAGCAUAAGAAAAAGAAGUAGAAAUCUUGAUAAUAAAGGAAUACAGAGUUGUGGAAUUUUGAGCAAAAUUUAUGACGACAUUUAUUUGCGCCCCCGUCCGUCCAUCUGAUAGGGGAGAUGAAAAGCUUUGGCAGGUUAAGAAGCCUGUGAUGUAAUUUAUUGUGAAUUUGUAUAAUUUCCUGAUUGCCUUAUCCUCCUCUUGAUGAUAUAUGCUUGGAUUUGCUUGAAAUUUACUUGUAACCAUCUGAAAUUAAUGGAUCUUCUGGACAUUGCUUCCUUCUACAACAAAGUCAUUAGACUAAUGACACCCAUUUGUUCACAA